UUCAUUUCUGAUAUCACGAAGUUCACUGUCCAAAAUUCUCAGCUUUCGGCCCUACGACAUUUGAUCACUGUUGCUCUAGUACCACGAAAAUGCAUGCCAGCCUUCUCAUGGAUGUCCUGACUCUUUGUGUUCAAACUGGACACACGCAACACUGUAGCAUGGUUCUUGAGCAGAUGAUGUCUUGGGCAAAUAGAAGCGAUUCGAAAGAACUUCCAUCUUGGCAGUAUUGCAGAGAUCUGGCCGCGCAGCUGGACGAGUUCUUUCGUUCACAACCGGUUAGUAGUAUCGCCAUCGAUGAUCCUUGGGCACCAUUCUUUCGAGCCACUGCAGAGAUAAUCAUCAAGAACAGUCGCCUCGAUGACGUUAAUUUGGGUAUUAUAACAGCCUCUCUCACGUGCGCUGGUGGUGUUCAGGCACUAAUGCCUAUUAUGGACGCUGAAGGUAUUGCUUAUAUGGCUGCAAAAAAGAAAGCCUCGGUGAAGAGGCUAGUCCUCCACAUGCACGCCGAACUACUUUCUCCGGAGGCCAUCGCUCAGGCCAAACAAGAUCUUGACGAACUUUUCAUGACAUGCGUAAGCACGGUCAUCGAACGCUUUGAUUUCGCAGGCCUGUCGGACCUCACGGGCGAUGGGGCAGUCAAUAAAGUUAUCGCGUUACUGAAAUUUUCCUUUGACGCCGGAGUUGGCAUACAUUCCUACCAUAUCGUCUUGAAUCAGCUUUUUUCCUGUGCCGGCAUCACUCGAGGUCAGCUUCUUGAAACCUAUCUCACAGACAUCCUCGUUCCCUUUGUCGAUCUUCUUCGUACUUUGUUCGCUGUUCUCGGCGUCUCUAUAAAAGAAGGACCAAUCAAGUUCUUCUGUUCUGUGGUUACACGCUUAUUUGUCUCAAAGAGUUGUUGGAAAAAGGCCUGCAGGGAUAAAAUUUACAGAUGCUACGACUUUUGGCUGUGGCUGCUCCGAGUGUGGAUGUAUCAAGUAUUUCUUGCAAAGUGGUCCUACGGUCCCAUGUGACAUCUAUGAUGUUCAGGGCGUUCGCACUCAUGCUGAGACAAUGCUCCAAACCAUCGAAGCCAAGAAGUGGGGUGUCGAAUGGCGGACAAUGAGGCACGAGGCCCCCAAUACUACAUAUAUCCAAGCCAGAAUGGCCGGCGUAUAGGCAACAAGGCUUGAAUUUGCUCGACAGCUUGGGAGAUGUCAAGACUCAAAAUACCAUACUUGGGGAGGGUCACCCGUGGAUUCUUGGUACUCUCAAUGGCUCCGUAGGCCCCAAGGAUGUGUUGUUGCCCAUGGUGGGAGCCGUAUCGCAUUCAUCCAAUAGCUUGCUAGGUGUAAAAGACCUCUCGAUGACUCGGGGGAAGGCGACGGACAGUCAACAUCCAAAAAACAGAGGCCCAG